AUGGUGUGGCCACUGCAAGAAGCUUGCUGCAGAGUAUAUUUCAUCAUCGUCGAGUUCUACGCUCCAUGGUAUGGCCACUGCAAGAAGCUUGCUGCAGAGUAUAAGAAAGCUGCAUCUGUACUCAGUAGUCACGAUCCUCUAGUCACUCCAGCAAAAAUUGAUGCCAGUGUUGAAACGAACAAGGGACUUAUAAGUGAAUUUGAGAUUAGUGGUUUCCCCACAAUUAAGAUCUUGAGAAAUGGAAGGAAGCAUAUUCAAGAAUACAAAGGACCUCGGGAUGCUGAAGAAGAUGCUAAUGCUCUUAUUGAUGGCGAAAAGAUUAUUGUUGUUGGGGUGUUUCUAGAAUUCUCUGGAGAGAAGUUUGAGAACUUUACAGCUCUUACUAAGAAAUUGCGGUCUGACUAUGAGUUUGGUCACACAUUGAAUGCAAAACUCCUGCCUCGUGGGGAAUCAUCAGUGACUAGUCUUAUAGUCAGGUUGUUCAAGCCAUUUGAUGAGUUUGUUGUUGAUUUCCAAGAUUUUAAUGUGGAUGCUCUUAAGGAGUUUGUUGAAGAAGCAAGUACCCCUAUUGUGACUCUCUUUAACAAUGACCCUAGCAAUCAGCCAUUUGUUAUUAAAUUCUUCAACAAUCCCAACGCCAAGCCAAAGUGA